CAGAUGACGCUGCCGAUGGCUGACUCCGCGGGGCCGCGUUCUGCCGGUUUCAAGGCCCGGGCCCCCCGCGCCUCCAAAAACGCCGCAGGUGCUAAACAGACAAAUGCCUUAAAACAAGAAGAUGCUUCUAAAAGGAAAGCAGAACUAGAAGCAGCUGUGAGAAAGAAGAUUGAAUUUGAGAGAAAAGCUCUACGUAUUGUUGAACAGCUUUUAGAAGAGGAUAUUACAGAAGAAUUCCUAAGGGAAUGCGGGAAGUUCAUCACACCUGCUCACUAUAGUGAUGUCGUGGAUGAGCGUUCUAUUAUUAAACUCUGCGGUUAUCCCUUAUGUCAGAAGAAACUAGGAAUUGUACCAAAACAGAAAUAUAAAAUUUCUACCAAAACCAAUAAAGUCUAUGAUAUUACUGAAAGAAAGUGUUUUUGCAGCAAUUUUUGUUAUAAAGCAUCUAAGUUUUUUGAAGCGCAAAUUCCUAAAACUCCAGUAUGGGUUCGAGAAGAGGAAAGGCAUCCUGAUUUUCAGCUGCUACAGGAAGGACAAAGUGGCCAUUCUGGAAAGGAAGUACAGUUAUGCACUAAGGCCAUCAAAACAUCAGAUAUUGACAAUCCUGGCCAUUUUGAGAAGCAUUAUAAAUCUAGUUCUUCUAGCUCUCAUGGUGAUAGUAGCAGUGAUAAUGAGCAAGACUUUGUUUCCUCCAUUCUACCAGGAAACAGACCAAAUGCAACGGGUGUAAGUCCACAGCUGCACAAAAAAAGCAUAAUGAAAAAGAAAGCUGGUCAGAAAGCUAACUCUAAACAUGAAGACAAAGAACAGACAGUAGUAGAUGUCACUGAGCAGCUAGGCAAUUGCAGAAUAGAUAGUCAUGAGAAAGCUGCUGCUUGUGAACUUCCUUUACAGAAAGUAAGUACUCCGAUUUCUUCAAAUAGUCCUUUGCAAGAAAAAUUAGAAGCUACAGAAAAUUCUGAAAAUAAAUACAGUAGUUCAAAAAUAACUCUAGUAGGCAUAAGUAAGAAAAGUGCUGAGCAUUUUAAGAGAAAAUUUGCCAAAUCAAUCCAAGUUUCUAGGUCAGCCUCUAGUCCGAUGCAGAUGUGUCCUGAAGUUGCAAAGGCAAACUUACUUAAAGUCCUGAAGGAGACUUUGAUUGAAUGGAAGACAGAAGAAACUUUGAGGUUUUUGUAUGGCCAGAAUUACGCUUCUUUGUGUCUGAAACUCUCUUCAGCCCCUCUGGUUAAAGAACAAGAACUUGAUGAAGAUGACAUACACUCUGACCCAAAUAGACAUUCCCCUGCCUUGCAGGAAUCUCAGUACAGCUUGGAUGAGUCUUUACCUUUUAGGGCCUCAGAUACAGCCAUUAAACCACUGCCAAGUUAUGAGAACUUGAAAAAAGAAACUGAAACAUUGAAUCUGAGGAUAAGGGAGUUUUAUAAAGGACGAUAUGUUUUGAGUGAAGAAACCACCAAAUCACAAGACUCAGAAGAGCCUGAUCCCACCUUUCCACUGAUAGAUUCAAGUUCUCAGAACCGGAUUAGAAAACGCAUCGUACUUGAAAAGUUGAGUAAAGUAGUGCCUGGACUUGUGGGGCCGCUUCAGAUCACAUUAGGAGAUAUUUAUGCACAACUGAAAAAUCUCAUCCAAACUUUCAGAUUAACAAAUAGAAAUAUUAUACACAAACCUGCAGAGUGGACCUUAAUUGCUGUGGUGUUGUUGUCAUUACUGACCCCAAUUCUUGGCAUUCAGAAGCAUUCUCAGGAAAAUGUGGUGUUUACACAGUUUAUAGAGACUUUGCUUGAAGAAUUACAUUUAAAGAAUGAAGACCUUGAAAGCUUAACCAUCAUAUUUAAAACCAGCUGUUAACCACGGAGUGGUAUAAUCCAUGAAGACCGAAUAGAAGAUGAUCGUCUAUUCAUCAUUUCUGGAAUUCUAGCUACAAUAAUGUUUUGGUGGUAACUGAUAACUAGCUUUGUUCCAAGAAAGACCUCUUUAGAUUUCAGCCCCCUGCUUCCCGGUCCCUAACUAUACAGUGACUUCCCCUAGAUAGAGGAGAACCAUUUUUCCAACAAGGAUAACCAAGUCCUUGCAUCCCUAGCUGUAAGACAUAGUAUUUUUAUUUACUUGAAAAUGAAAAUUGAAAUCUUAAGUUGAAACGUUAAUAAAUAUUGAUCUUAUUUAUUGGUUGACAGACAUUUGAGAACAUUCCCAUUUUGGCCUCAC